AUGAGUACUGCCACCGCAACACCACUUUUCGCUUGCUCUCGUUGUUUCUCAAGACAUCCUUUUGAAGAAUUAUCUCCAGGCGAACAACUAUGUAAAGAAUGUCGCGGAUCUUUUCCUGUUGUCAAGUGUACCUAUUGUCGUUCCGAAUUUCAACAAACAAGCAAGUCAAACACAUCAUCCAUUUGUAAAAAAUGUGAGGCUAAUGUAAAAGCAUAUGGGAAACCUACAGCAUGUGAAUACUGUAACAUUAUUGCAGCAUUUAUUGGAAAUAAAUGCCAACGUUGCGCUAAUUCUGAACGCAAGUAUGGACCAGCAGUAACAUGUGAGCAGUGUAAGCAGCGUUGCGCAUUUGAUCGCCAUGAUGAUAGUAAAAAGGUUGACGGGAAGUUACUCUGUUGGUUAUGCACUCAGUCAUUAAAGCGAGCUCUAGCCCGGACAAAACAGCACAUGUCUUCUGUUGAUAAACAUAAACAUCGCGCACACAAGUCAAAGAGCAGUCAUAAAGAAAAACGGAAGUCUGACAUGAUGAAAUCCAUCAAUGCUAGUGAUUCCUCGUUAAAUGAGUCUCAGCCUUUAGAGAAGAAGUCAAAGUUAAAUCCAUUGCAGGGUGAACUAGAUCCGAACAGCUCAGACCACGUAGUUGCGAUGACUCAACUAAAAGAGACAAUUGCUAGUUUGCAAAAGAAAGUACAACAAAAGGAAAUGGAAUUAUUGUCUAAAGACAAAUUGAUUACGGAGUUGAAAGCUCAGCAUCACAACAACACAACGGAACUACGUAACGAAAUGAAGAACAAAGAACGAAUGAAUGAGACAAAAUUCACUUUGAUGAACACAAAGAUACAGAAUUUACUAAAAGAAGUGGCAACACUCAGCAAAUCGGCAAAGAAAAACAACAAGAACCCAAAAUCUGUGCUAGCGAACGCGGAGAACAGCGGUAGUGGAACAGACAGCCCUAGCACUAACUAG